AUGAGUGUUAUACAUUACAGUGCUUCUCGUAUUCAAUUUAAAUCAAAUAAUAGAUCAACUGAUGAUCAUAAUUAUUCUGAUAGAUCACUUGUUGAAAUACGUGCAUAUGAUAAUAAUGAGUUUUCAUUACGAGCACUUGAUAUAAACAAUAAUAAUCGAAAAAUUUUUAAUUUUCCUUUGAAAAGACCAGAUUUAUAUCGAUUUGGAAAUGCAAUAAAUGAACCCCAUGAAACUGAUAGUAAUACUGGUACUUAUCGUUUAUGGUUAAAUGGAGAAUCAUAUGAUAAAUUUCAUGAGACAUAUCGUACAGUUAUUGAAAUGUUAUUUCCUAAUCAAUCAAUUGCUUUAAAACGUAAACAUUGA